AAUUUAUAUACAUCUAUAAUAUUGUAUAUACAUAUAUAUAUAGUCUCCCUAUGGGCUAUGGCUUAAAUUUCAUAGCUAAACCCACUUUUAAUUUAAAUUUUCAAUAUUGUCCUCUCUUUCUUCCACCGUCCCCCUUUCUAUACCUACCCAACUCUUCUUAGGUCUCAUAGUUUCCAGGAUGUUGUAGUUUCCUAGAUUGUUAGUUAGCUUUUGUUUCCAUAUAUAUAUAUAUAUAUAUAUGUAUAACAAAAAAAGGCAUUCAAGCGUAUUCUUAUCUGCCCUUUUACUCCACCCUCUUUUUUCCCCAAACCCAUUCCUCUCCCUUUGCUUGCUUCGAUUCUCUCCCUUCCUGCAAUUGAAGGUUAUAUAUAUAUAUAUAUCGCUUAGAUGGCGGAUUACAACGGAAGCGAGGAGUACAUUGCUUCCCAGGACCAAGAGGUUGCAUCAACUGGAAAGAAAUAUGGAGGACUUGUGCCAAAGAAGAAGCCCUUAAUCUCAAAGGACCAUGAACGGGCCUUCUUUGAUUCUGCUGACUGGGCUCUUUGCAAGAGUUCGCGGCUAAAGACGUCGGCGGGAGUUAAAAAACUAAUUUGGUUAAAAAGCACAUGGUCGUUUCCCAAGAUCUGCCGAAGAACUCCCAUUGCUACUCAAAAUCAUCUUUUGUUCGUAGAAUCCCAAAACACACACAUUCAAUUAUAAUCUUUUGUUUAUAGAAUCCCAAAUAAACACCGAUUCAAUUAUCACGCAGUACUCCCUCAUAACAUUUUUGUUAACGGGUUAUGAACAUUUUUUUUAUUUUUUUUUUAUUUUGGUCUUUUUCUUCUUGUCUUUGUGGUUUGAGAGAAGUUUUGGUGUAAUUGGAGAAGAAAAAAAUUAUUCGUAUCAUGUCAUUAAAGUCUCUCCAUGGAACGAAUAAGACAA